AUGUCCAAGUUGAUUAACGCACCCUCUACAUCUAAAAUAUUUGGAUCGGAUGCACUUGGCGAGAGUAGCACUGCCCUCUUGGACAAUUGUCGCAUCCGAAAGGCAAUUACUGAUGCCAAAAAGCGCAAGUAUGAACAUGGUACUGACUGGGAAGGACUUGUUCAUUACAUCGCAAAUGUUCACAACAAGCUCCCACAAUCGGAGCGUUACAUUCAUGCUGUGAUUAAUAAGGGCUUUCAAAUCGUUGUUACAAUGCAUCCCGAAAUGGCUCAGCGGCUGCAUCAUGUUUGGUACGUCGAGAUGGACUACACCUUUUCCCGGGUCCAUAGCUCAGAGAGGAUGGACAAGUGGGAGAUUGCUGGAUUCCUAGAUUUUGUGAACAAGUGCUACAUGUUUGGCAGUCUGUUCUGUGACACAAAGUCCACCCAAGCAUACGAACAGAUUUGGAGCAAAUUCUUUGAUGUAAUCCAGCGCUUGACGGGCCGCCUUUUCAAGCUUGCACCCUUCUAUCCAGACGCAAAGUGUCGCGUCAUUUUGCUCGAUGGUGAAGUAGCUCAGGCUCAGGCGCUUGGGACAUUCCUCGUAAAAUACAACAACCCAAAUAUCAGCAGCAUUCGUUCCAGAGAUCCACUUGAAAUGCUUUCCUACACUCUCAAAACCUGCAGUGUACACUUUAAUCAGCACGCAAAUCUCGAUCCACAAUUGCAGCUUCCCUCAGGACUUUUAGGCAUCUCACAGAGUUGGAACGGACUGUUCCCUCUGAUACUGUUCAAAAACUGCGCAAUUAUCGUAAUCUCUCAAGCACCCUGGAGAUCGAGGUACAGUGAAGUGGAGGCACUGAUUUCGCCCUAUCCUGCUGCUCUGAAUUGGUUCAAGCAGAAGCAGGCAAAUCCCUGGAUUCUCCGUUCGCUCAACCAGGUUGCGUCAAAUAUUGCAUUUGAGGAUUAUAACACAACUCCGCACCACACGAAUCUCAUUGAGUCUGCACAUGCGGCUUGCAAAAGAGAGACUGAGAAGCGGGUCGGUCUACUUGAUGCAAUUCUUGAUGCAUGGAGGCGCGACAACGCUCACGCUGUUAAUCUGGCUCAAAUGGAGCGAAGCGGUGUUCUUCACAAACGCAACAACGACACAUAUCAUCGUGAGGUAAAUUCGGCGCAACGGGCCAAAUGGGCUUGGCAACUGGCAGCGCAACACAGUUUGCAAACGCAGGACUUUCUGUCUUUGAAAGCUGAGCUUGCGGACGGCAACACAGAGCUUGCAGCAUCACUUGCUCGUUCGAAGGAGCUGAAAGCAGAGAUGGAUCAUGUGAAAGCUCAGCUGGGCCUAGAUCGACACGGCAAACAUUUCGCCAUUCAACUAGAUGAGUUGCGAGCUAAGAUCAGCUAG